ACUUUCUCUCAUCCCCAUGCACGAGGCAAGGAGCUAAUUUAUCUCGUCUCCUAUCAAAAACUCCAACCACAUUUCGAUUUCAUCUCAUCAACGAAGAAGAUGAACAACAACAAGAAGAACCCAGAUCAAAAACCAGAAAUGUCCUCAUCGUCGUCUUCUUCAUCAUCUUCCCCGAAGAAACAAACCCUCUUCAUAUUAUCCCUAAUCAUCCUCUGGUACACCUCCAACAUCGGCGUCCUUCUCCUCAACAAGUUCCUCCUCUCAAACUACGGAUUCAAAUUCCCCAUCUUCCUCACGAUGUGCCACAUGUCCGCCUGCGCCAUCCUCAGCUACCUCUCCAUCGUCUUCCUCAAGCUCGUCCCUCUCCAGCACCUCAAAUCUCGCUCCCAGUUCAUGAAAGUCGCGACUCUCAGCGUCGUCUUCUGCGCCUCCGUUGUUGGAGGAAACGUCUCCCUUCGUUAUCUUCCUGUUUCGUUUAAUCAAGCCGUGGGGGCUACGACGCCGUUUUUCACAGCGCUGUUUGCGUAUCUCAUGACGUUUAAGAGAGAGGCUUGGAUUACUUAUGGUGCUCUCGUCCCUGUUGUUACCGGUGUCGUGAUCGCUAGUGGGGGUGAGCCAGGUUUUCACUGGUUUGGAUUCAUUAUGUGCAUCAGUGCUACUGCUGCAAGAGCUUUUAAAUCAGUUCUUCAAGGCAUCCUACUUUCUUCCGAAGGAGAAAAGUUGAACUCGAUGAAUUUGAUGUUGUACAUGUCCCCUAUAGCCGUCAUUGCGCUUCUACCCGUCACAAUAGUAAUGGAACCAGAUGUGAUGAGUGUGACACUAUCACUCGCAAGACAACAUAAGUACAUGUGGGUACUUCUCUUGGUUAACUCUAUAAUGGCUUAUUCAGCCAACUUGUUGAACUUUCUUGUCACCAAGCACACCAGCGCACUUACCCUCCAGGUUCUUGGAAACGCCAAAGGAGCGGUUGCGGUUGUGAUCUCGAUCUUGCUUUUCAGAAACCCGGUCACGGUGAUGGGAAUUGGUGGGUAUAGUAUAACGGUGCUUGGGGUUGUUGCUUAUGGAGAGACUAAACGUAGGUUUAGAUGAGCUUCAGAGACUCCUUUGUCUCUGUUUUACUUCCUUUCUGAUGGAUCUUAGGAACUGAUGAAAUUUUGACAUAUAAACCUUUAGAGAUAUAUACUACAUACUUCUGAUCUCAUACUCAUUUUUUAUCUGAACUUUAUAUAUCGUAUUGUGUUAGAUUUUAUGAUCUUUUUUCCAUUGACCAUUGUUGUGUUUGAAUACACUUUCUCUUGUCACACUGUGUUCUUCAAAUAGUAUAUCAAUUUUAUACAAAUUCCAUUUGAAAAAAACCAUUAUUACGCACUAAGUUGAAUAUACACAACUCACAAUCAUGAGAAUAAAUUGUUAGCAAGAUAAAUUAUACUAAAUAACUUUCAUCUUCACAUUUUACCCGAAAAAAGGUUUUUUAUAACUUUUAGUUUGUUUCACUUUUUAGUUAGAUUAACAAAUUGUUAAACUGUUAUACUAAAAAAAAACUGUUAUAUUAAAAACAUAAUUGGGCCGAGGCCGGUUCCGGAUAUGGGUGGGUCUGAAAAA